AUGCCACUCUUCUUCUCAAAACGUCUGCUCAGCCGCACCCGCGGCCGUCCAGAUCCGAAGCCAGCGCCUUCCCCACAGCACCUCGCCACCGACACGGCACAGAGAAGUGACCGUGGCAACGCUACUGCGGUUCCCCUCGUGUUUCCGCGCUACCUCGACGGCCGCGACAUCUGCGCAUGCGUCUUCUCUCUUCGUCCAGUUGACAGCCGCUGGGUGGAGGCAAUGCUGCGACAGCUGCGCGCGCCGCGUCGCUCAGCGUCCGAAAGGAUACCCCGCAGCCAGCCCGCAGACAUCGCGCCGUGUGAUAGGCGAGGGAAGAAGCGCACCCGAGGCGGAGAUGACAGUGGCGGCGGCUUUGUUGCCGCGGGCGUGGCGACGCAGAGCCAUCGAUUGAACCGCUGUUCCUCCUCUGCCUACACGCAACGGGUGAUGGGCAGCCCGCCACUUUCUUUUAUCGAUGACGUCAACAACGGCAGCGCCGCCGCGGCGAGUGUGUCGGCAUGCGGGUUGCGUCUCGUCUGGCGAGGGGCGUCGCUCGACAGGCCGCCAAGUGGGAGCGCGAGCGCGGCAACGGGGGGCGGAAUGGCCGAGAACUACCAUGCCGCCAGUGUGGGCAGCAGGGUCGAGGACCGCGACGUCACGGCAUAUCCAACCCUCUUCAGAGCCUUUAUUAUGCUGGACGACGACGCAGGAACGGCGGAGGCCGUGAUGGCCGACGUGUGCAGCACCGCUGCAGGCGCUCGCUCGUGUGCGAGUGCAGAGCUGCGCACCCCAGUGGCUCAGCGCCCGCGUCGCGCCCACGUCGGCGAUCGCGAUCUCAUUCCAGGACCGGAGGCGGAUUCUGCGGAGCUGGUGCGGUGCUGGUGCCAGUCUGUGCAACAGCCGGGGACGGAGGCCGAGGGUCGCGGGGGGCGAGGCGAUACUCUGUCGCCGCUGGUGUCACGGUGGGCGCGCAACAGGACGCGCGCCGUCCUCGCAGCUGAGUCGCUGGCUGACCUCACCGCACCUUGCUGCACCACUACGGAAGUCGAUAUAGCCACGCAGUCUCCCCAGGCGACGUCAGACCCGUCUGGACGUGCGGCACACUGGCUGCGUCUCUGCUCAUCGGCCAUACCGAAGGUAUCCCCAGGGGCUGUGGGGACCAUCUCAGUGUCCGGGUCGUUGCCGCAGCGGCGCUUCACCGACAUGGAGAGUCUCUGGCACUUCUCCUUCACGGCACCGUCCGUCCCGCGCGCGCUACGCAUGCGACCAGGUGCGCGAGCGGACGCCACAUGGUCCGUGACGAUGCAGCCCACAAUGUGGCUGGAGCGCAAAAUGGAGGGCAGCCGUGAUGCUGAGGCUAGUGUCCGUGGCGUGCGGCCCGCGGCAGGUGCAGAGAUCGCUGCCAAUGAGGCCGCUGUCAGUGCGCAGCUCGGGGGUGCAGCGGUGACGGCGCCACAGCUAGCCAUCGUGCGCCAUGCCCGUCUUCGCUGCCUCAUACGGGACAACGACAGCGGUGGCGACGGCACAGGAAAGGAAGGGCACCGUGCUGCCCCCGAGGUGUCACCAGCUGCGCCGAUGACGUCCACCGAGGACGGCCUCACCGCUGAGGCUCUGUCGGCACAGUGGAAUGUUUUUGUGGCCGACGUGUGCGAGUCACGCACGACACAGGAGCGGCGGCGCGCCGCCUCCACGCAUGAACGGUGGCAGGCAGCGGCAGCCUCUCUCGGCAGUGUCGGCGAGAGCAUAGCCGAAGCACUCACGACGUUGCCGCAGCUGCACUUCUCGCAGCUGUGCGCCGCGGCAAGCGCAUCUCAUCGCGAGGGGGAGGAAGGAGCGCACAAUGCUCUGGAUGUGGGGCCCACGGACUCGAUGCGCGGACUCGGCCAGGCCUAUCCCUACCCGGUGCUGGAGUGGUGGCGGUGGACUUCGUGCGGUCGCUCACGGUCACCUCCGCCGCAGCAUGCACGGAAGCCGCCGCGUCGUCUGCUGGGGACUUGUGUUGCUUUCCGAAGUGUACCAGACGACGUUGAGGCGACUCGAGCGCAACUGGUGUUGACGCUGCGGGACUGGGUUCGUGACAUGUCAGACGUACAGUGGCGGGCCGCGUCGUGGUUGCCAUGGGAUUCGUGGAUCACCGCGGUCUGUGCUGUCGCUGCCGUGCCGCUGUUGCUGUUCCCUCUUUCGUCUCACCGCGCACCGCUGCUGAUGCCGUCGAUCAGUCGUGUGCAGAGCCGCCUACGCAUUGCUGCCGCACAGGAGGGGAGCGCAGCAUCGACAGCGCACCUCACGGCGGACUCGCUCGUCCUCGGUGGCCGCCCCACCGGGCACUCAGUCAAGGACCGUGCACUUGAGCAACAACCAUGGGCGCCGCUCGAUGCGGCGCCGCAGCUGCUGCGCGAGGCAAUGAGAUCGGCAGCAGCGAGGCCACGCAUGGGGCUGCUUGCCGCAGUCGUGCAGGAGGACGCAGAGGACGCCAAGCCACUGCGCUGCACGGUGCGCACUGCGGCGGUGGCGGAGUGCGAGGCGCUCGCACGCGUGUGCGAAAGGAGUGCACGAGCUCCUUCGCACGAACGGGAGAGAGGUGCUGCCGCCGCAGCGACAGCGGCGAAGGAGUCCGCCGCACACACGCUUCAUUGUCCUUUGCUGAGGCGCUGCAGGUGCGACAAGCUGGCCGCUGGGGUGUCGAGCGAUGAUGAGCACGGCAGAUCAGAGGGGAGGGCGACGGCACGAAUGGGUGCAUCACCUCCAGACGCUGCUUCACCGAACUCGCAAGUCGCCUCCUUUUCAUCAUCUCUCGCUGUGGCGUAUGUGGCGCGAGGUCACACCGAUUCCGUGGCCGUCGACCUUCUUGGCGAAUACUCACGCUCGCCACCGGCUACGGUGCCGCUGCUGGCUCCAUCCGAGGCCUCGUCUGCCAGCGAGGCCUCAUCUGCCGAAGACGCAGGCACGGGUGAUCGUUGUGUUGGUGAGGCGGUCGGCAGGAAGCGCACACGGUCGGAAGCGGCCUCUCCCUCGGCCACGGUCUUGCCUUCCUCUCCAGCCAUCGCCGCCUCAUCCCUCACGUGUGUGGUGCGUGCAUCGCUACCACUGGUGGAGCGAGGUGCGUCCGUGUGUCUCCCGCGUGCAGCUACUAGCGCGCAGCGCAGCAGCACACCGCAGCGCCUGCUUACUGCCUGGCUCGAGCAGCGGUGCCGCGAGGUGAUUUCGGCCGCCAACGACUCGCUUUCUCUCACUGCUUCGGCUGCAACAGCCGAGGCAGGCGCAGUGCCCUCAAGCAGUGGAAACUCCUUACUGGCGUCACGGCCAUCAUCACAGUCGUCAUCGCCGCCGCCACCCGACGCGCUAUCCGUUGCACAUUCCUGCUUGCACGGCGACCGAUUCCGGCGAAUGCGGCGGUGGCUCAUUUCGCCGCCGUCUCCAACCCGACUUCCACUCGCUCCAUCGCGGCGGCGGCGGCGAUGCGCAGCUGUUAUUUACGAGUUGGCGGGCCCGACAGUGUCGACGGCGUGCGCGCCAGUGCUGCAGCCACCGACUCGCUGGGGGCCAUCUACUCGCCAGGCGUUGCUGCAGGAUGCUCAGUCAACGGAAUCCCGUUGUGCGCUGGCGUCACCUACUGCGUCCGUGACACCAGUGCACGGGGAGCGCGCAGAGGCGGAAGCGAUAGAUGAUCCUGCCGUGUGCGUCAACGCGGCUCUCUGGCCUCCAGGUGAGUUGGCCACAGCGAUGGCAACAGGCUGCUGCAGUCGCACUACCUUGCGCAUGCAUCUUCCUGUGAAUCCCCGUCGCGGACUCGGAGGGGCACCGAUAAAGCCGGUCACCGUGUGGAAGUGGGCACAGCUGACUCUGCACAACUACGCCGCCGAUGCGCUGGCUGGAGCUAUCCUGCCUGGCGCCCGCGCCAUUGAGCGACACCUGCGUGCGACGGAAGGGGCACGCGUACCGAUGGCUCCGACGGCUCCACCAGUCGCGGCGCAGACAGCGGCCCAUCUCUUCGCCUCCGGUUUGAAAAACCCGGUUACAAGUCCACGGACGCACGGCCGUCCUUUGCGUGCCCUACCCCCUCCCUCCACAGCUCAGCAAGGGCAGACGCCCGCCAUCGAGACGGCAGGUGUGCGUCUCCUCGUGACUGCGGAGCACUGGAGGCAGCGUCGUGCACGGCGUGCAGUGCAGCGUCUCGCUCUGUAUGGGCUGAUGCUCGCUCACGAGGCGCCCCCACCUCCAUCCACGUGGCUGCAAUCGCGAUCUCCGUCUCAAAGCAUGGAAGGCGAGGAGACUGCCUUAUCGCGUGGUGCUGACCACACCGCUGCCAACUCUCUCACAGUCGGUGCACAGCUGUACCGAGAUGAACUCCAGCGUAACGACAGGGCGGAGCUGGCCCAGUGCGUGCGUGACGCUCUCACUCGCGCGCAGUAUGCCGCGUGUGUGCGCAUGUUUCAGCGAUGGAGUGGACACGGUGAAAAGAGCGCUGGAGAGCUGGCGGAGGCGCGGCGAUUGACCGACGCCUGCGAUUCCGCCGUCUCACGCACGUGCGCCUCCUGCAAGGCAGCACAUGACAGCAGCUGCACCCUCAUACCUGCAUCGUUCUCGGGGUCACUCUCAUCACGGGCGCUACCGGCGCCAGCGGACGGUCGUUGCUGCGUUGCAUGUGAGCGGCGAUUGCACCGCAUCAUCUGUGAUGGCAUGCGCAGGGACGGCUGGCUUGCCUUCCACACUUUAUGGUACGACGCCCUCUCCGAGCACGUCUCUCCGUACUCGCCGUGCACGUGGCCCGGCUGUCUCUUGAGCGCUACGCAGGGAAGCGCAACGACACAUGCGGCAUCGAGCGAGGAGGAUGGCACCGACGCGUGGGCGCACGACGCUCCUCUCCGAUCAGCGUUCGUGCCACAAACUCGCGUUGAGCAGCGUGACAUCGACUCCCUAGAUGUGUGGGUCGAUACCGAACCGGGUGCCUCACCGCUGGAGGCUUCUGCGCACGAAAUGCGGUGGUAUGUGGACACGAGCGACGAGGAUGAUGAGUGGAGGGAGGCCGAGGAACACGACGAUGGGGUGGUGGCGCUCCACGCUGGACACAGCAGCUCGCAGUGGUGCUGCUGCUGUCUGGCGUCACAUGAAAACCUCAUUCAUGCGAUCAUGGCGCAAGAAGAACUCACAGCCGCCACAGAGCACAGCGCGGCGCCGGUACCCACGCUGGAGCGUGGCGCAACUCGCCACAGGGGCGGCGCUCAGCCGCCGCUGUGUCCCGCGUGGUGGAGAGCAGGUUCGACGAUGGGUGCCACAGUCAUCUCUGACGGAUCUUCGGCGUCACAACAGAAUCCGACCAGCGCUGCCGCUCGCGCAACGGCACGCUCAGAGGCCGUGCGCCGCGCCUGCGGGGCACUCGUUUUUGGUCUUCUGGAUGCAGGCGGCGUAAGCGUUCCGCCUCCUUUGUCGUCAUGGCCGUUGCGCAGCUAUUUUCACCCCCGCGCACACGGUGCAGCGGAGGAGGGCACGCUUGAUGACAGCAGGGCUGACAAGGUGAGUGCGAACAGCGCCGCUGCGUGCUUCUUUGCGCGACUGCGACGAUAUGCGGCACAACUUCUAUCCUGUGAUGCUCUCGCUACCCGCUCGGCAGCAGUGGCAACGGUGGCGGUAGCGACGACGGUGUUACACCGCCGCCGCCCCUCUUCUUGCCGUUCGCUUUCGUCUUCGACCGGUUCCCCCGGCUGCUGCAGGGCCGAGCCGCCAUGCGCAUUGCCGCUGCGGCAGCUCUCGCCUCGCGCAGGGAUGGUGGCAGCAGCAACACCGGCUGUCCAGCAGCAGCGCGAAGAUGAGGAGGACGUCGAGGAGCGGGUUGCACCGCUGCGCCGGUGCCGCCACACGCGUCAUGUCUGCUCAUUUGCGGAGGAGAUGCAGUCUCUGCAGACGUGGUUGCUGCCUCACUGGUGGGCCAGGCAGCAGCACCACUUCGCCGUCACCGUGAAUGCACGACAGCUGCCACCGCGAUCUCGAGCGAGUCGGCGUCUGGAAUACCCGCUCGACGGAUCACAUGCGGUAGCGACGACGGCGACCCACGACGGCAUUGACGAGGACGAUGACGUUGGCGAAGAUGCUCAUCUGUCAUCGCUGCGCUGCUUUCUGGCGCCGCGCGAGGAGUCGGAGGCGUGGGUGCAGCUCCUGCACCAUGCCCACCUGCGACAGCUGCGUCGGCCCUACGGUCCUCUCUUCCAUGGCCGAUGCCUACUGCGGUGCGCGCCGCUCGACGGCUGCAUAGCGGAUGCGGAGGUCCACCACACGUACCUUGCCGCGAUGCUGCGCCAGCGCACGGAGGAGGCCUGCGGAGCACUGAGCGCAUACGUGCUGCCUUACUGCGAGCCACAUGACACAUGUAUGUGA